AUGGCACCCUCAGCUGUUGAUGUCGUCGUCCCGACCCCUGUCCCGGACAAUACCCUCAAGCACAAGGCCCUUCCUAUCAGACAGCCUCUCAAAGCCUCAGGGGCAUUGGACAAAUAUGCUUCCGAAGACGUGACACCUGUGAUUGGGACAGAGUUCCCUGAGGCCAACCUGGUGGAGUGGCUUCAAUCGCCCAACGCGGACGAGCUGCUCCGCGACCUUGCUAUCAAGAUAUCCGAACGAGGCGUGGUCUUCUUCCGCAAGCAGGACAAUCUCACCAAUCAUCUCCAGAAGCAACUCAUUCAGCGACUGGGAGAGCUUGCCGGCAAGCCAUCAACCUCCAAGUUGCACAUCCAUCCCAUUCUCAACUCCGAGCGCGAGCUGGGAGGCAAUGAUCCGGAAAUCAGCACAAUCAGCUCUGUACAGCAGGACAAGAUCUACAAAAAGACCCCCUAUCACCAGAGCAGGAAAGAACAAGGCAGUGCGCAGUGGCAUAGCGAUAUUGCCUUUGAACCCGUGCCUGCGGAUUAUACUUCUCUUCGGCUGGUUCAGCUGCCACGAACGGGUGGAGAUACCCUGUGGGCAUCCGGUUAUGAAAUCUACGACCGCAUCAGCGAACCAUACCAAAAAUUUCUCGAGUCACUGACAGCGACCUUCGCUCAACCGGCCUUCAAAGAGGUCGCAGAGAAAGGGGGCUUCAAGCUCUACGAAAAAGAAAGGGGGGCUCCUGAAAACAUCGGGUCAGAACUCCGGGCAAUUCAUCCCGUCGUGCGCACGAACCCCGUGACUGGAUGGAAGAGUAUCUUCCCUGUUGGUGGUCACGUACAACACAUCAACGGCUUGACUGAGCCAGAGAGCAAGAAACUGCUUGAUUGGUUUUUGGAGCUGGUUCACAAAAACCAUGACCUGCAGGUUAGGUUCAAAUGGAAGAAUCCAAAUGAUAUCGCAAUUUGGGAUAACCGUAGCGUGUUCCAUUCGGCAACGUACGAUUAUAAGGGCCAGGGGGAUCGGUUUGGUAACCGGGUUGUGGGCCUUGGAGAAAGACCUUACUUUGAUCCCAACAGCACGUCUCGACGAGUGGCUCUUGGUUUAGUUGAAGAAGAUGAUUAG